GUUAAUGGGCCAGAUCUAACUGAGCUAACCAACCUAACACCUAUUCAACACCACUACUACUCCUCUAGAAACCGACCUAUCUUAACCUUCUUCCAUUCUUCCCUAAUAAAUGGUCAAGUUCGCGCUAGAGCCAACACCCCCACUCCCCACCUCCACCCCCUUCAAAACCUCGCAUGCCUCCCCAUCCAAUGUCUGCAUAGGACAAACACCCAACCACUUUUCCGCACCUCCCCUGCCUUUGCAGAAAUGGCAAAUCCGGAAGUAGAUAUCAGUACUCUCUCCGAGGCGCAACAGCUGGCCUUGCAGCAAUACACCUCCGUCACCGACCAAGAUAUACAGGCCGCGAUACCAUUGCUUCGCAGAUCACAGUGGAACGUAGAGGUAAGUCUUACCUUCACUUCCAGUGGAGCUGUCUACCUUGCGCGAGAUGAAUUGCUAAAUCCUCCCAGAUCGCAGUUGCCAAAUUCUUCGAUGGAGAAGGUCCCGAUCUCGUGGCAGAAGCAUUGGCGGCACAGAAUGUUCCUCCUCCGCGAGCUCCGCGACAUGAGAACCUACAACAGAGUUUGCUCAAUGGCCAACCCAAUGCGCUGAGAGGAGAGAAUCGACCAGACGCGGCUCCACGAAUCGUUCCCCAACCAGAGUCCCAAGCAAUGCCUCGACCCUCGUUGCUCCUUGCCAUCAUGUUCUCGCCCUUCAAACUCCUGUAUACCAUGUUCGCUGCUCCCUUUGGAUACUUCGCCUACCUCUUCCCCUUUCUCCGAAUAUUCCCUCGAGCAGGUACUACUGGAACGCUAAGGGAGGUUAGUACGAGUGGUAGAAGACCGUUAUCACCACCAGAUGCUGCGCAACGAGUACAGAGAGAAUUCACCGAAGAGCACGGUGAGAACGAGCUCCCAUGGCCAACUUUUGGAUAUGCGACAUCACUCGACCAUACGAAACGUGAAUACGGAUUCCUUCUCGUCGUUCUCAUCUCCCCCGAACACGACGAUACCUCUACCUUCUGUCGCGACGUUCUGAUGAACACAGAAGUUACCGCCUUUCUUCGUGACCCCAACAACAUGAUUAGACUUUGGAUAGGAGAUAUUCGGGAUGCAGAAGCCUACCAAGUUUCGACUGCCUUGAAGUGCAGCAAAUUCCCCUUUACAGCAUUGAUUUGCAACACACCAGAAGUUAGUAGCACAGCGAUAUCCGUUGUCUCGAGAUUGGUAGGUCCUAUGGAACCCGCCGUAUACCUCGCAAAGCUCCAGAGCGCGCAUGCUGGACGAACCUCGCAAUUGGAAACCGGACGAGCAGCACACUCACUUCAGAAUGCGGAACGGAAUUUACGUGCUGAGCAAGAUUCCGCUUAUGAACGAAGUUUGGCACAGGAUCGGGAACGAGCGAGACAACGAAAGGAAGCAGAGGCGGCAGCGGCAGCGGCAGAGAAAGCAAAAUUAGAGGAAGAAGCAAAUGCUGCCCUCCUGGCAGAGAAGAAGGACCAAUGGCGAAGAUGGAGAGCUUCUCAAAUUCGAUCGGAGCCAUCGCCGGACGAGAAGGAUAUUGUAAGAGUGGCAUUGAAGAUGCCAGAGGCUGCGAGAGUUAUGAGAAAAUUCCGAGCAGGAGAUAACAUUGAGGAGAUAUAUGCUUUCGUCGAAUGCUAUGAGCUGAUCAAUGGGGAGGAUAGUGCCUCGGAAAAGGUGCCUGAGAAACCGGAAGAUUACAAGCACGAAUAUGGUUUUCGACUUGUUUCUACACUUCCACGAGUGGUUUAUGACCUCGAAUCCGAGGGCAAUAUUGGAGAAAAGGUUGGCAAGAGUGGUAAUCUCAUUGUUGAACCUAUCACUGAUGAUGAUGACGAUGAUGACGAUGCCGAAGAUUGAGGUAUAUUCUAGGUAGAUAUCAUAGAACCUCUUUUAUUGCGCAGAGAUAGAUGUCACAUAUGUAAUUCUGAAUAUCCACGAAUAUGAGACGUCUGUUCCAG